CACCGCCCGCUGACUCGCAACUCCUCGUCAUCCUUCACCAUGACCAAGGAUAGAUUAGCAGCCCUCGUCGCGGCCCAGUCGGACGAUGACGAUGUGGCGGACGAUGUGUCCGUCAACGUCGGGGCGCCGGAUGACUUCAUGACGGAAUUUUUCGCGGAGGUGGAGGAGAUCCGCGAAAUGAUAGACAGGAUCCAGACAAACGUGGAAGAUGUGAAGAAAAAGCACAGCGCCAUUCUCUCCGCGCCGCAGACCGAUGAGAAGGUGAAACUAGAACUGGAAGACCUGAUGUCUGACAUCAAGAAAACCGCUAACAAAGUGAGGGCUAAAUUAAAGGUGAUAGAGCAAAACAUCGAGCAAGAGGAGCACACCAAUAAAUCGUCAGCAGAUCUAAGGAUACGCAAAACUCAGCACUCGACGUUAUCUAGGAAGUUCGUCGAGGUGAUGACGGAGUAUAAUCGAACACAAACCGAUUAUAGAGAGCGGUGUAAGGGAAGAAUACAACGACAGCUCGAGAUCACGGGGAGAACAACCACCAACGAGGAACUCGAAGAGAUGCUGGAACAAGGAAAUCCAGCCGUUUUCACGCAAGGGAUCAUUAUGGAAACGCAACAAGCAAAACAAACUCUUGCGGACAUCGAGGCGCGUCACGCUGACAUCAUUAAACUCGAAAACUCCAUCAGGGAGUUGCACGACAUGUUCAUGGACAUGGCCAUGUUGGUAGAAAGUCAGGGGGAAAUGAUGGACAGCAUUGAGUACUGCGUGAAUCAGACCGGCGACCACGUCGGCCAGGCCCGGGGCGAGCUGAUUAAAGCCGAAGAGUACCGAUCCAAGGCUCGUAAGAAAUUGUUCCUGAUAUCGAUCUGCGUGACGAUAGCAGUCAUCAUUCUGAUUAUCAUUUUGGCAGUUAGUUUAAGUUAACUUAAGCAUGCGCACGCGACAUUGGCGAUAGAAAAAAAGAAAUAAACACAUUCUCAGAGUAAGUUUAACGGAAUGAAGGGGAAAAAAUAGAACAAAUCGGGACGGGACAAGUAUUUUGAAUUGCCGAAAUAUUCGUCAUUCUUGUCUCGUCUCUCUGACGGCAAGCCAGAAUCCUAUAACGAAGAUCGACCACGUCCAUCCUGAAUCUUCGCCGGGAAAUUCGGAUAGCACGAUACGCAUCACCGAUUUCGAGGUAUCGUCUACGCAAGAUCGUUAAGUUUAUUUAUUAUUGAAUUUUAAUAAAUUUUAUGUGUUUAUACGUUUAUUAGUCGUAAAGAAUUUACUUUGUAUUCUCAUGAUUAUACUAACCGCGGGUUUACCAAUGUAUCGAAUGUAAUGGUGAUCAGAAUCCAUCGUGCGGAUGUAAUUUCCCGGAAAAACGCCUCGAUGGACGCAAACGUCAUAACGUCAGAGUAGAAGUUAGGAACGGUGAUAAAACGUGCGCUAUAAGUCUGGGUUGCACGAAGAACAAACUAUCACUUUAUUAGCGAAGAUUGCAAUCAAGUUCCUUCUAUUGCGCCUCAAUACGUUGGAAAACGCGUAAAACCGCGAUAUUAAUUUUUAUUACAUUCUUUCGAAGAAACUAUAUCUUACCGAUUGCGAGAAGAAAUCGAUACAAGAAUUUGUAUAAACUUGCAGAGUGACGGUUCUUGAAAUUAAAAAAGAAAUAUAAUAUACGUAUAUAGUAUUAUAGCUUGUACAAAUUAAAUACUGUGUUUGUUUAAAAUGCGUGCACUGCAAGUUUGCAUUAAAUCGUAGAAACGGAGAUAAGAAAUGUCGAGAAAAAUGAUCGAAGUCGGUGUUUUUUUUGGAAUGGAAUGGAGAUCGCCAUCACUGAUAGCUUUUCCUCGCAUUCGGGCGUAUCUUCGCACUGCCUUUUAUUAUUUUUUUCCAUUUUUAUUAUUUUUGCCACUUCAUCGUUCUUAUCCAAGUUCUGACGCGAGCGAGUAAUAACGAUGGCGAUUGCACAAUCGAAAAUCACGCGCGAUCGGACACAUGCGCCCAUUUCCAAAUCGUCUUCAGACGAAGCUCGUCGUCGAUUUGAUACGAAAUGCAGCGACAGCAAACUGAACCAUUCGUGAUUUUCAUUUCUGUUUCUAUAUUUAUCACCAACGAAUAUUGAUCUUGACUACCGUGUCAUUGGAGGAGAAAUUGUUAAAUGUCAGCAAUCUAUAAAACAGUUCGGAAUCACUAAAAUAAGAUCUCAACAUAUUUUAUAUUCAGAAUUCUCACUCUCAUAACUCCAUUCUCUAAAUGAAUAAAUAAAGAUUAAAAUAUGAAGGCAAAAAUUAUCAUAGUAAAUUUAAUUUAAAAAAAAAUCUGUUCGUUAAAUUCUUCCAGUUUUAUAUUGAGAUCUCUUAACAUCGAUUAAGAAAAUACCCUUGGGACGUAGCUACAACGAGCGCGAGAAAUAUUCGAUUUAAAUUUUCAAUCUUCGUUCUUGUCGAAAUUGAUUAAAUUUAUCGGCGCAAAUUGUUUGUUGUCGCCGCAGAUUCGUUUGAUAUCAUUAAAUCAGCAAUACUCUUUAGAUCAGACUUGUCCAACACUUUACCAGCAAACUAUAAACGCUUUCACCUCUCGUUAAGUAAAAUGUUUAGUUUACAAGCAAAAUGUUGGAGAAGCUUGUUCUAGAUAAUAGAAAAGGCAAUUUGAAUCGGCGCGGGUUGGAGUUUGACGCUUCCGUAUUUGUCCCAGAACUGAUCGAUCGUUUCUGUGCGAAAUGUGACAGAGACGUUAUCUUCUUCAUGCCCGCGUACUUUAGUCCUUGCCUGGAUACGAGAAUUUCUGCUCGGUCGGGACAUUAAUCCGCGUGAUAACGACGUGUUUCGCGAUACGUAUGUAUGCUCCAAUGAAUACUUAGAUAUCGAUCACCGUCGUCGCAAUGCAGACCGCACGACACGAUAAUGGUGCCCGUGGCAUUGUACAUGUAAAUAAUCGUAAUUUGUAUAGAGCAGAUGAUAAUAAUAAUAAUAACGAGAUAACGAAAAAAAGAGUAACAAUAUUAAUCAUUAAUGCCGAUAAUAAACAUUUUCUUCUUUGGAUGUAUUCAGCGUAAAAAAAAAGAAACGAUUACACAUAAAUUGGAGAAUGGCGAUAUGGUACGUCUUUAUUUCUAUCAUCUUUAUUGUACUUGCCGCCUCGUGGAGGAAGAAACAAAAAGGAAAUUGUUCGUUAAUAACACACCAGGUGCAAAUAAAAUGAGAUGUAAUAUAAUUAGCUGACCGUACGAAAUAAUAGUAGAAUCGCGAAAAUAAUAGAAUUCAUGUCGCGUUUUAUA